AUGUGGCGGGGAGUCCCGGGCCGCCUACGGGAUAUUGUGCAGUGGCAGGUGGCGUUCUGGUCCCACAGCUUUGUCCGGACUUGGGGUAGCUGUGGAGAGGCGAUGACUGAGGCACUCUCUGCGCAAGCCGAGGCAGCGGGCGGGCUGAAGGCUUUGGUUCAGCAAAAUGGAGAUGCUGCUAAGGACACGAGUGGAGAGCCGCUCCUAGAGCGCCUGGAGCUCGCGGCGGUAGAGAAGCAGGUCUCGGAGAGCGGGGAACCAGCCCAGGGAGGCGAAGAGCAGCUCCCGGGGAACGGAGAGCAGGUCCCAGCUCCAUCCGCCGACUCAGGCAAGAGGAAAAAACGACAGGGUGCCACUGGGGAACGGGUUGUGCCGCCCCCGAAGAAACGACGGACUGGGGUGAGCUUUAGCGAUGAGCAUUUUGCUGAGACCACCUACUACUUCGAGGGCGGCCUGCGCAAGGUGCGGCCCUAUUACUUUGACUUCCAGACCUACUGUAAAGGUCGCUGGGUGGGCCGCAGCUUGUUGCACGUCUUCAGCACCGAGUUCCGAUCCCAACCACUGGCUUACUACGAGGCUGCUGUCCGAGCAGGACGUCUGCAUCUCAACGAAGAACCAGUCCAGGACCUCAGCAUCGUGCUCAAGGACAAUGAUUUCUUGCGGAACACAGUGCACAGACAUGAGCCACCAGUCACAGCAGAGCCUAUUCGCCUGCUAGCUGAGAACAAUGAUGUGGUUGUUAUAGACAAGCCAUCCUCCAUUCCUGUGCACCCCUGUGGUCGCUUCCGACACAAUACGGUCAUCUUCAUCCUGGGCAAGGAGCACCAACUGAAGGAGCUACGCCCAUUGCAUCGGCUCGAUCGCCUCACCUCGGGAGUGCUCAUGUUUGCCAAGACCGCUGCAGUCUCCGAGAAGAUCCAUGAGCAAGUUCGGGAUCGGCAGCUGGAGAAGGAGUAUGUAUGCCGGGUUGCAGGGGAGUUCCCUGACAAGGAGGUAAUUUGUAAGGAACCCAUCUUAGUGGUGUCUUACAAGGUAGGAGUGUGCCGUGUGGAUCCUCGGGGCAAGCCAUGUGAGACUGUGUUCCAGAGGCUGAGCUACAACGGCCGCUCCAGUGUGGUACAGUGCCGACCACUUACAGGUCGUACUCACCAGAUCCGAGUCCACCUCCAGUUCCUGGGCCACCCCAUUCUCAAUGACCCCAUCUACAAUUCAACUGCCUGGGGUCCUUCUCGAGGCCAGGGUGGCCACAUUCCAAAGACAGACGAGGAACUGCUCCGAGACCUGGUUGCAGAACAUCAGGCCAAGGAAAGCCUGAGUAUGCUAGAUCUCUGUGACGGUGACCUGGCCCCAGGACUCAUAGACUCGACAGCUCCCUCUUCAGAGUUGGCCAAAGACAGCCUGGAAGGGUUGUCUACAGCAGCCCAGAAGAUAGAUGGGGGAGCUGAAGCAGCCUCUCAGCAUCUGGACACAGCAGAGAAAGCAGCUAAAGCAAAUGUGAAUCAAGAAACAGACCCGCUCUGUGCCGAGUGCCGCGUGUUGCGACAAGAUCCCUUGCCCCAGGAUCUUGUAAUGUUCCUGCAUGCCCUCCGCUAUAAAGGGCCAGAUUUUGAGUAUGUCUCACCCAUCCCAGCCUGGGCACAGGAUGACUGGCAAGAAGACUGAGGGAUGUGGCAACUGGAAGAAUGACUUCUUGGGUUGGGACAAGGAUGAGCCUUGAGGCAGGGACUGCUCCCAUUGGUUGAUACUCAGGGUUUGGGGAAAAUUGAGGUUUCACAGUAAGGAACCUGCUUGUACUUGCUACCUCCUUCCUUCUGGCUUGUUUGGGGCUUUCAGAUCUGUACAUAUACCAUUUUUUUCUAACACCU